CACAAAUCCGACCAGAGCCCUGCUCUGAUUGGCAUUGCAUCACUUUGCUCGCCACGGUUUGUUGAACUUGAGGGUGUGUCAGCCAGUACGGAAUUAAAGAUGGGGUUAUCAAGUUAAAGGUUCACCUCCCAUGUAUUCAACCCGAGCCGUCGGAAACGGCCUCAAGCAGGCACCUCGCAGAGCCCGUCAGUUUCGACGUGGCCUCGCAACAAGUGCAGAAGCGCCGGAUGUGGCUCAAGCACGCAAAUACUGUCUGAACCAGCUCAGACAUGGCGACUAUGAGGCAUAUCUCAUUCGGCACUUUAUCCCCCGCUCGGCCCAGGAUGCUUACGAUGCCCUCCGGACGCUGAACCUCGAGCUAGCCCGCCUGCCCGAGACGGUGUCAAAUCCGGCAAUAGGCCGUUUCCGGGUGCAGUUCUGGCGAGACUCCAUCAACAGCACCUUCGCCGGCAACCCGCCGCGGGAGCCCAUUUCGAUACUGCUGCAUAGCGCUAUUACGAGGCUCACAGCACGGAUGGGUGCUAACAGCGCAAGCUCUCUCAAGUUCUGGCUUUUGCGGUUGAUCAACACGCGGGAGAGACACAUGGAAAACAAGCCUUUCACUAGCUUGACAGCAUUGGAAGACUACGCCGAGAAUACGUAUGCCACGCUGAUGUAUAUGACGCUUGCGGCGAUGCCCCUGCAGUCGGUGCACAUGGAUCACCUGGCAAGCCACAUUGGCAAGGCAUAUGGCAUCGCCGCGUCACUACGCGGUAUCCCAAUCCUCGCCGCGCCUUCACAGCCCAUACAAGGCCCAUCGGGCUCCAAUGUGGGGAGCACUCGGAGCCCUGCGCUACUGAUCCCGCUCGAUGUCAUGGCCGGGGUGGGCCUAAAAGAGGAGGAUGUUUUCCGCCGUGGGCCAAACGCCGAAGGGUUACAGGAUGCUGUCUUCCAGGUUGCUACCCGAGCCAAUGACCACCUAAUCACGGCGCGGGAAAUGCUCAAAAACUUGCAAGCUGGACAUGGACCUGGGCACGACUAUGAACACCAAGAGGAGCCAGAGCAUGCACAUUCCGGUGCGGUACAUGGCGGCGAGGACACGAAGUUGGACAUCCAGCGUGGGUUCAGUGUGUUGUUGGAGGCAGUCGCAGCUGGAGACUAUCUUCAGCGUUUAGAGAGAGCUAAUUUCGACCCUUUCAAGGUUAGGAGUAGCUGGAAGCUUCCCUGGGGACUUUGGAAGUCGUUAAAGCGACACGAAAUAUAACAGGCCGCCUUGUUUGGCAACAUCUUUCACGCAGCUGUAACUAGGUUGAUCAUCCUACCUCCCGUCCUUACCUAUCCUUACCUUGGGCACGCUGCCGCCAACGCUGUUCGCGCUUACUGUGGUGCGCGCAAGAGCACAUGAGGUUAAACUCGGAUUCAUGGCGAACCCACUCGCCACCAGCAACGCCUUGGCU